ACAGUGAGAGAGAGAGUUCCACUUUAUUACUUUUUUAUGAUCCACGCAUCAUAAUCCGUGGCAGAAUAGAGAAGGAAAGGGUACACAGUUCUGCUAAAACAAGAGGAGGGUAGAAGAAGAAAAAGAAGAUCGAGGAGGAGAGCAACAAAAAAGGUACAGUCUAGAGAGUAAAAUAUAGAAACUAGACAGAGAGGGUAGAGAGAGAAAAAAAGGGGAGGGAGAGAGAGAGAGAGGGGAAAGGGUAUGGAGCCAAAAUGGUGAUAUGUAAAACUCAAAAGGAUGAGAAAAAACUGGAGGGAGAAGAGGCUCAUCUCUUUGGUUACAUGGGUCUCUUGAGAGAUUCAUGGCCUUAAGGCUGGUCUGAACUUUGAAGAGUCAAAAAGUCAUCAAAGCAGUCCAUAUCAUUCAAAUCUGAGAAGAACCCCGUUUUGAACAAAAGAUGAUAGGAAUGUCAUAUGGUAACUUGCAAACAAAGGGUGUGCUUGAAGUAGCUGGUUUUGGUCCUUCUGUUUCAGAAGCUAAUUUGAAGAAAGAACGUAGCUGUGCGAGCAAUGAACCCAUCUCUGUCCUGGACACUAGAAGAAGUCCCAGCCCUUCGACUUCAACAUCAACCCUUUCUUCCUCUUUUGGUGGCACCAACGGUGGUGGUGGUGGGGGUGGUUCUGCCUCUACAGACAACACGAUUGGCCUGGGGGCGGUUCCUGAGAAUACUGGCCAACAAAAAUGGCUCGGGUAUUUGCCACCAGAGACUAAUUCGGUGGCUGUGAAUGAAACUGUCACCGCCGGAAGUGGUGGCUGGAAAGAGGAGUGGGCGGGGGAGCUCCAGACUAUUCCGGCUGGGUUAGAGGUGGGUCCUGGAGGGUCCGAAAGAUUUGAGCUUGGAUUGGAGGAUUUGGACGGCUUGUUGUCCGAAUCGGGCCAAGACCAGUCUCUUCUCCGGUGGAUUACCGACGACGUAGACGACACCUCAUUCACCUUGAAGCAAUUGUUGCAUAGUGGGAAUCCUAGUGAGAUCGAUGGCAAUGUCGCACACAGUUCUGGAUCUGAACCCUCGGCCAUUGAUGGUUUAUCUGGUGCUAACAUUGUUUCAAGCAUUUCUUCUGCUUUAGCUGUUUCGGAUUCUGGUACUUCGAUGUACAGCAACAAUCACAACAACAAUGGGAAAAGUGGUUUAGUCCCAAAUUCUUUGGGUUUGAACAACAAUGGUAACCCUCAAAACCCUAGCUUUUCUCUCUCAUCUGGUAAUCUAGCUGUGCCUCCUGGUAUGAUUCCUCAACAGCAACAUCAUCAGCUCCUUUCGGCCCCAGAAGAAAAGGUUCAAAUUUUUAACCCUCAAAUGCUCAUGAACCAAUCCCAGCUUCUUAACCCAUUACUCUAUGGCACUCAACAAGAGCACCAUCAUCAAUUCCAGCCCCAACCAAAGCGUCACAAUCCGGGUACUGCAAAUUCAGUCUCUCAGAUCCCCAAAGUCCCAUUUACCGAUCCAGGUCAUGAUUUUUUGGUCAGAAAACAGCAGCAAUUGCCUCUAAUUCAGCAGCCCCAACUGGGUUUGUCUCAGCAGCUCAAUUUGCUCCCACAACAUCUUCAGCAGAAGCCAUUUAUGGUUCCAAAGCAGGAGACUCUGGAAAUGGUGGCUCGGCCCCAUCACCAGCAACAAGAAGAAAUAUAUGACCAGCUCUAUAAGGCUGCAGAGCUAAUAUAUGCUGGGAAUUUCUCAAACGCGCAACGGAUAUUGGCGCGGCUCAAUCACCAGCUCUCCCCCGCUGUAAAACCCUUUCAAAGGGCGGCUUAUUACUUAAAGGAGGCUCUUCAAUUGCCCCUCCUCUUGUCUAACUCAGCCACCCCUCUGCCGCCUAGGGUUCCUACACCAUUUGAUGGCAUGUUCAAGAUGGGUGCUUAUAAAGUGCUCUCUGAGAUUUCGCCCCUUAUUCACUUCAUGAAUUUCACCUCCAACCAGGUCUUCCUGGAGGCUCUUGAUGAUGCUGAGCACAUUCACAUAAUAGACUUUGAUAUUGAGUUUGGAGCACAGUGGUCUUCCUUUAUGCAGGAACUUCCUAGGAGGAACAAAGGUGUAUCUUCAUUGAAAAUUACUGCCUUUGCUUCUCCUUCAACCCACCAUCCUAUUGAGCUUGGCCUAAUGCAUGAAAAUUUAACCCAGUUUGCUAAUGAUAUGGGUGUUAAUUUCGAGCUUGAAGUAAUUAACUUUGAUACUUUUGACCCAAGUUCUUAUUCAAUGUUCUCUUCUGGAUCCUCUGAGAAUGAGGCAAUUGCUGUGAAUUUCCCUGUCUGGUCUACUUUCAGUCACCUGCCUGUGCUUCCCUCUAUUCUUCGCUUUAUAAAGCAGCUCUCGCCAAAAAUUGUGGUGUCAUUGGAUAAUGGUUGUGGUCGGACUGAACUCUCCUUCUCGCACCACCUCCUCCAUGCCCUCCAAUACUAUGAUGUCCUUUUGGAUUCUAUUGAUGCUGCUAAUGUAACUUUAGAAACCACCAGCAAGAUUGAGAGGUUCCUUUUCCAGCCAAAGAUUGAAAGCAUUGUAUUUGGGCGCCUCCAAGCCCCUGACCUAAUGCUUCCGUGGAAAAGCUUCUUUGCUUCUGCAGGGUUCUCACCUGUGGUGAUCAGUAAUUUUACUGAAACUCAGGCUGAAUAUGUGGUGAAGAAGACCCAGAUUACAGGAUUUUGUGUGGAAAAGCGCCAGGGAUUGCUCCUCCUAUGCUGGCAGGGUCAUGAGCUUGUGUCAGCCUCGGCGUGGAGCUGCUGAGGGGACACAGUUUAUCAAGCAAGAAGAUUGGUUUUUAGCAGCACAAUUAACUUACAGAGGUUAUAUUAUGCUCUACUUUUUGAUGUUAAGUUAAUAAAUUUCGAACUAUGUUUGUGGCACCUCUUUCAUGAGUUAAUGUGUGCAAAUUUUCUUGCUUGUGAAUCUCCUCCAUUUGUAAUCUAUCAAGUCUAGAUACUAGACUGACUAUUUUCCCAGGACAAACAGAAUAUUAACUUCCAAGUUUAGUACUCUUAUUUCAUAGAAAAUGUUGCCACUUUUUGCUUUGACAUGUUUAUUGUAUUGUAAGUAGAUUUG